AUGGCCGAAGCAACCCUUCACAACGCCCCUAUAGUCCUAGACAACGGCAGCGGUACGAUACGCGCCGGUUUCGCCGGUGAGGACCUCCCCAAAUGCUAUUUCCCUUCCUUCGUCGGCCGACCGAAACAUCCACGAGUCCUCGCCGGUGCUCUAGAAGGCGACGUUUUCAUCGGCCAGCGAGCUCAAGAGCUCCGCGGCUUACUCAAAAUCAGAUAUCCGCUUGAACAUGGCAUAGUUACAGAUUGGGAUGAUAUGGAGAAGAUAUGGCAGUGGGUGUACGAGGGGGAACUAAAGACGCUGAGCGAAGAGCAUCCCGUGCUGUUGACGGAGCCGCCGCUGAAUCCGCGCGCGAACAGGGAUACGGCGGCGCAGAUUCUGUUUGAACAGUUUAAUAUCCCUGCGUUAUAUACGAGUAUUCAGGCCGUGCUGUCGCUGUACGCGUCCGGGCGGACGACGGGAAUUGUGUUGGAUUCGGGAGAUGGUGUGUCGCAUGCGGUGCCGGUUUAUGAGGGUUUUGCGAUGCCGAGUAGUAUACGAAGGAUAGAUGUGGCUGGGAGGGAUGUCACAGAGCAUUUACAGCUGUUGCUACGGAAGAGCGGGUAUGUCUUUCAUACGAGCGCGGAGAAGGAGGUGGUGAGGAUGAUCAAGGAGAAGACGACGUACGUAGCAUUGGAUCCUAAGAAAGAGGAGAAAGAGUGGUCUACCGGGGUAGGAAAGCAGGAUGCGAAGAUACAAGAAUAUGUCCUGCCAGAUGGGCAUAAAUUAAAGGUCGGUGUAGAACGAUUCCGUGCCCCCGAAAUCCUCUUUGACCCUGAGAUAAUCGGCCUCGAAUACGCGGGUGUACAUCAAAUUGUCGUCGACGCGAUCAAUCGCACAGAUAUGGACCUCCGUAAAUCACUGUUCGCUAAUAUCGUUCUCUCUGGCGGCUCUACUCUCUGCAAAGGCUUUGGAGACAGGUUACUUCAUGAAGUACAGAGACUAGCUGUAAAGGACAUGAGAAUUAAAAUCUUUGCACCACCAGAGAGGAAAUAUAGUACGUGGAUUGGAGGCAGUAUUCUCGCUGGAUUGAGCACGUUUAGAAAGAUGUGGGUUAGCAUUGACGAUUGGCAUGAGAAUCCAGAUAUCAUCCACCAAAAGUUCACAUAA